AUGUCGGCUCAAGACUCCCAGCAAAUGACCCUCUCGAUCCGUCCAAAGCCAGGACAGCCCAAGAAAAAGGAGAAGGUUAACGAGAAGAUUGAGGUAUUGUGGGAAAGCUACUUUGGACCGAAUGACAACAACCUGGCCAAGUGGAAGCAGCUCUGCUGCGACCUUGGCAAGCCGGGCGAGACGUACACCAGCAAGACGCAGUGCCGGAAGGCCCUCAGGGGUGUCUGGGUCAACAUCCUUGACUUCCUUCUCGCCGAGAACAAGCCCGAAGACGUCUGGUUCUUCAAGAGCGAGCGGGACUUGUCGGCGUACACGUUGCGCACCCGCAAGAUCUUCCCGCGCCACAAGGUCUCGUUGGAAAGCCCGCUGCGUGACCUCUUGGCUCACAUUUUCAGGAACUAG